GACGAGUUGAAGAUGAAGCCCAGAACAGAGUGCUGUUCUCCCAAGUUCUGGUUGGUGUUGGCUGUGCUGGUGGUGUCUGGCAGCAGAGCUCGUUCUCAGAAGAGCCCCCCCAGCAUCGGCAUUGCUGUCAUCCUCGUGGGCACUUCCGACGAGGUGGCCAUCAAGGAUGCCCACGAGAAAGAUGACUUCCAUCAUCUCUCUGUGGUGCCCCGGGUGGAGCUGGUAGCCAUGAAUGAGACUGACCCAAAGAGCAUCAUCACCCGCAUCUGUGAUCUUAUGUCUGACCGGAAGAUCCAGGGUGUGGUGUUCGCUGACGACACAGACCAGGAAGCCAUUGCACAGAUCCUCGAUUUUAUUUCAGCCCAGACUCUCACCCCCAUCCUGGGCAUCCACGGGGGCUCCUCCAUGAUAAUGGCAGAUAAGGAUGAAUCUUCCAUGUUCUUCCAGUUUGGCCCAUCAAUUGAACAGCAAGCUUCCGUCAUGCUCAACAUUAUGGAAGAAUAUGACUGGUACAUCUUUUCUAUUGUCACCACCUACUUCCCUGGCUACCAGGACUUUGUGAACAAGAUCCGCAGCACCAUUGAGAAUAGCUUUGUAGGCUGGGAGCUGGAGGAGGUCCUCUUACUAGACAUGUCACUGGAUGAUGGAGAUUCUAAGAUCCAGAAUCAGCUCAAGAAACUUCAAAGCCCCAUCAUUCUUCUUUACUGUACUAAGGAAGAAGCCACCUACAUCUUUGAAGUGGCUAACUCAGUAGGGCUGACUGGCUAUGGCUACACAUGGAUUGUGCCCAGUCUGGUGGCAGGGGAUACAGACACAGUGCCCUCGGAGUUCCCCACUGGGCUCAUCUCUGUAUCCUACGAUGAGUGGGACUAUGGCCUCCCCGCCAGAGUGAGAGAUGGCAUCGCCAUAAUCACUACUGCUGCUUCUGACAUGCUGUCUGAACACAGCUUCAUCCCUGAGCCCAAAAGCAGUUGUUACAACACCCAUGAGAAGAGAAUCUACCAGUCCAAUAUGCUAAAUAGGUAUCUGAUCAAUGUCACUUUUGAGGGGAGAAAUCUGUCCUUCAGUGAAGAUGGCUACCAGAUGCACCCAAAACUAGUGAUAAUCCUUCUGAAUAAGGAGAGGAAAUGGGAGAGGGUGGGAAAGUGGAAAGACAAGUCCCUGCAGAUGAAAUACUAUGUGUGGCCCCGAAUGUGUCCUGAGACUGAAGAGCAAGAGGAUGAUCACCUGAGCAUUGUGACCCUGGAGGAGGCACCAUUCGUCAUUGUAGAGAGUGUGGACCCUCUGAGUGGAACAUGCAUGAGGAACACGGUCCCCUGCCAAAAACGCAUAGUGACUGAGAAUAAAACAGAUGAGGAGCCAGGUUACAUCAAAAAAUGCUGCAAAGGAUUCUGUAUUGACAUCCUUAAGAAAAUUUCUAAAUCUGUGAAGUUCACCUAUGACCUUUACCUGGUUACCAAUGGCAAGCAUGGGAAGAAGAUCAAUGGGACCUGGAAUGGGAUGAUUGGAGAGGUGGUCAUGAAGAGGGCCUACAUGGCCGUGGGGUCACUCACCAUCAAUGAGGAGCGAUCGGAGGUGGUCGACUUCUCUGUGCCCUUCAUAGAGACUGGCAUCAGUGUCAUGGUGUCACGCAGCAAUGGGACUGUCUCACCUUCUGCCUUCUUAGAGCCAUUCAGCGCGGACGUGUGGGUGAUGAUGUUUGUGAUGCUGCUCAUCGUCUCGGCCGUGGCUGUCUUUGUCUUUGAGUACUUCAGCCCUGUGGGUUACAACCGGUGCCUCGCUGAUGGCAGAGAGCCAGGUGGCCCGUCUUUCACCAUCGGCAAAGCUAUUUGGUUGCUGUGGGGCCUCGUGUUUAACAACUCCGUGCCUGUGCAGAACCCCAAGGGGACCACCUCCAAGAUCAUGGUGUCAGUGUGGGCCUUCUUUGCUGUCAUCUUCCUGGCCAGCUACACUGCCAACUUAGCUGCCUUCAUGAUCCAAGAGGAAUAUGUGGACCAGGUUUCUGGCCUGAGCGACAAAAAGUUCCAGAGACCUAAUGACUUCUCACCCCCUUUUCGCUUUGGGACUGUGCCCAAUGGCAGCACAGAGAGGAACAUUCGCAAUAACUAUGCUGAAAUGCACGCCUACAUGGGCAAGUUCAACCAGAGGGGUGUAGAUGAUGCAUUGCUCUCCCUGAAAACAGGGAAGCUGGAUGCCUUCAUCUAUGAUGCAGCAGUGCUGAACUAUAUGGCAGGCAGAGAUGAAGGCUGCAAGCUGGUGACCAUUGGCAGUGGGAAGGUCUUUGCCUCCACUGGUUAUGGCAUCGCCAUCCAGAAAGAUUCUGGGUGGAAGCGCCAGGUGGACCUGGCUAUCCUGCAGCUCUUUGGAGAUGGGGAGAUGGAAGAACUGGAAGCUCUCUGGCUCACUGGCAUUUGCCACAACGAGAAGAAUGAGGUCAUGAGCAGCCAGCUGGACAUUGACAACAUGGCAGGAGUCUUCUAUAUGUUGGGGGCGGCCAUGGCUCUCAGCCUUAUCACCUUCAUCUGUGAACACCUUUUCUACUGGCAGUUCCGGCAUUGCUUUAUGGGCGUCUGUUCUGGCAAGCCUGGCAUGGUCUUCUCCAUCAGCAGAGGUAUCUACAGCUGCAUCCAUGGUGUGGCCAUCGAGGAGCGCCAGUCGGUGAUGAACUCCCCCACCGCCACCAUGAACAACACGCACUCCAACAUCCUGCGCUUGCUGCGCACGGCCAAGAACAUGGCCAACCUGUCGGGUGUGAAUGGCUCUCCACAGAGCGCCCUGGACUUCAUCCGCCGCGAGUCCUCUGUCUACGACAUCUCGGAGCACCGCCGCAGCUUCACACAUUCCGACUGCAAGUCCUACAACAACCCGCCCUGCGAGGAAAACCUCUUCAGCGACUACAUCAGCGAGGUGGAGAGAACGUUUGGGAACCUACAGCUGAAGGACAGCAAUGUGUACCAAGAUCACUACCACCAUCAUCACCGGCCCCACAGCAUCGGCAGCACCAGCUCCAUCGACGGGCUCUACGACUGUGACAACCCGCCCUUCACCACCCAGCCCAGGUCCAUCAGCAAGAAGCCCCUGGACAUCGGCCUGCCCUCCUCCAAACACAGCCAGCUCAGCGACCUGUAUGGCAAGUUCUCCUUCAAGAGCGACCGCUACAGCGGCCAUGACGACUUGAUCCGCUCCGACGUCUCCGACAUCUCCACGCACACUGUAACCUACGGGAACAUCGAAGGCAACUCAGCCAAGAGGCGCAAGCAGCAGUACAAGGACAGCCUGAAGAAGCGGCCGGCCUCGGCCAAGUCCCGCCGGGAGUUCGACGAGAUCGAGCUGGCCUACCGCCGCCGGCCGCCCCGCUCCCCGGACCACAAGCGCUACUUCAGGGACAAGGAAGGGCUACGGGACUUCUACCUGGACCAGUUCCGCACCAAGGAGAACUCGCCGCACUGGGAGCACGUGGACCUGACGGACAUCUACAAGGAGCGCAGCGACGACUUCAAGCGCGACUCGGUCAGCGGAGGGGGGCCCUGUACCAACAGGUCCCACCUCAAACAUGGGGCUGGCGAUAAGCACAGCGUGGUCGGAGGGGUCCCCGCGCCCUGGGAGAAGAAUCUGACCAACGUGGAGUGGGAGGACCGGGCCGGGGGCAAUUUCUGCCGCAGCUGCCCCUCCAAGCUGCACAACUACUCCCCAGCUGCGGCGACCCCGGGGCAGAACUCGGGCCGGCAGGCGUGCAUCCGCUGCGAGGCCUGCAAGAAGGCUGGCAACCUGUACGACAUCAGCGAGGACAACUCCCUGCAGGAGCUGGACCAGCCUGCGGCCCCCGGCGCAGCCACGUCUAAUGCCUCCACCGCCAAGUACCCGCAGAGCCCGACUAAUUCCAAGGCCCAGAAGAAGAACCGGAAUAAGCUGCGGCGGCAGCACUCAUACGACACCUUCGUGGACCUGCAGAAGGAGGAGGCCGCCCUGGCCCCGCGCAGCGUGAGCCUGAAAGACAAGGGCCGGUUCAUGGAUGGCAGCCCCUACGCCCACAUGUUUGAGAUGCCAGCCGGCGAGAGCACCUUUGCCAACAACAAGGCCUCCGUGCCCACUGCCGGACACCACCACCACAACAACCCUGGCGGCAGCGGCGGUUACAUGCUCAGCAAGUCGCUCUACCCUGACCGGGUCACGCAAAACCCUUUCAUCCCCACUUUUGGGGAUGACCAGUGCUUGCUCCAUGGCAGCAAAUCCUACUUCUUCAGGCAGCCCACGGUGGCGGGGGCGUCGAAAGCCAGGCCGGACUUCCGGGCCCUUGUCACCAAUAAGCCGGUGGUCUCGGCCCUUCAUGGGGCUGUGCCAGGCCGUUUCCAGAAGGACAUCUGUAUAGGGAACCAGUCCAACCCCUGUGUGCCUAACAACAAAAACCCCAGGGCUUUCAAUGGCUCCAGCAAUGGGCAUGUUUAUGAGAAACUUUCUAGUAUUGAGUCUGACGUCUGAGUGAGGGAAGAGAGAGGUUAAGAUGGGUAUGGGAGGGUAAGGCUGGGUCGUGUGGCGCGCAUGACACGGAGGGUGACGGGGGUGGACUUGGUCCCAUUUGAUUCUUUCUUGUUGUUUAAUUUAUUUAUGGGAUCCUGGAGUUCGGGUUCCUACUGAGGGCAACCCCAGUGACCAGCACCAUCUCUCCCUUUCCCAGUUCUCCCCUCCUUCCCGCAUCUGUCAGCCGUCCCUCUUCCCAUGAUGCCAUGCAAUGGGCCCUCUCAGCAGGGGAGGGUGGAGC